UGAGAGAAUUGAGAGAAUAUUUUUAAUCUUAUUCUUUGAAUUGGACUUGUUGAUGUAGUUUAAGAUUUUUCUGUGACUCGGUGAUGUUUCCCGAAGGAGAAAGUUUUCUAACCCAAAUAAUCGAUGGAUUUCCCGGGGAAUUCGUGAGAACCGGGAGCCCAAGUUUAGUGUGUUCAGCUUUACCAACCCAUUGGCGAUCAAAUAAAACAUUACCUGUUGCGUUCAAGGUCGUCGCCUUGGGUCAGGUCAACGAUGGUACUGUAGUGACUGUACGUGCUGGUAACGAUGAAAACUUUUGUCCCGAGAUCAGAAAUGCCUCGGCGGUUAUGAAAAAUCAAGUGGCCAAGUUUAAUGAUCUAAGGUUUGUUGGUAGAUCGGGUAGAGGUAAAAGUUUCACUUUGACCAUAAUUUUAUCAACAAAUCCACCACAAGUUGCUACUUAUUCCAAGGCCAUCAAGGUUACUGUUGAUGGGCCAAGAGAACCAAGAAGUAAAACAACAAACUUUUAUUUUGGUAAUGCUUUUAAUCAACAAAGACACCACCUUUUUGAUCCAAGAGGAUGUGCCCCCCUUCCUGCAACUGAUUGGAGAUUUGGAUUACAUUCCGCCGUAACUGUAGCUGAUUUACCUCGAAUACUUCCACCUCCAGGUCAAGCUGUGUUAAAUUCUUGUUGGGGUUUGCAACAUCAGCAUCAACAACAGAUUCGGGCAUUUACCAACGCCUACGGAAAUCAACAUAGACAUUUACCCUCAGCUGAUUGGAGAUUUGGAUUACAUUCCACUGUCACCGUAGCUGAUUUACCUCAAAUUUUACCUUCAGGACAAGAGACACCCGAUUCAUCAGAUACAACUAAUCAAAACCAAUCACUUGCAUCUUAUUGGAGACCAUUUGACUAAAAUAAGUGAAAAGUGAUUUUUAGUUUCCUCUCUCAUCGACUCUCUCUCUCUCUCUCUCCUCACCCUUCCAACACCCAAAAACCUCACCAUCAACACCAAACACACACACACACUAUGUUUCUUAUGUAAAUAGCAAUCUCAUCAUUGUAUUAAUUGAGUUGAUUAACCAUUGAUUCAUUUCAAUAUCCAAAAAUGACACAAAUAAAAUAGUUAAAUAACAACAAGAAAUCAAA